UUAAGGACAAAGGAGCCUGGCGUAUACUAGGCAGGCUGGUUUGCCAGCUCCGCCCUCGCCGUGCUUUGCUGACCGUAAUAUCUGUGAUUGAAUUACGGCUUCAUUAAACACAAGGCAACCUGUACUAGCUUUCAUUCCCGUCGGCAGACCGCCCUGUGUGAGCGAACUUAGCAAAGUACGAAGAUACUCAUGUCACCGGAAUCUCAAGCGGAGAAGACGAACCGUGUGUUGAGACAGGAUAUGUUCAAGCUUAGUUAACGCUGAUUGAUGCACUUAAAAGCCACCACAUGAAGGCAAACAAUUUCCCAUCAGCUAAUCAGGUCAUCCGUGGCACCCGUGGUUUGUUGUGCGGCCAGAAAUUAUCAAAUGGAAUAUUCCACCGCGCAGAGCUGCGCACAUAUCAGCCAGCCCCGCCUUGUAGUCCUCCAAGCCAUCCUGACCUAAGGACCAGCUGCUCUCUCCCAGACGCCGUUUUAGAAUUCCCGACCGGGGUGAUUUGACUAAACGAGCAAAGAACGUGGAUUGCUUUCGCCGUAUGCCCAGCAGGAGACUGGUUCGUAUGCGCCCCCACGCCUGCGUCCAAUUAGAGUUGUGAGCAAAUCUGCAGUGCGCAUCCCCUAACGUCCGACAGAUGGAAAACCCCCAGUUGCUCCAGUUGAUAUAGCGAAGAGGCGUAUAAUUGGUCGACUGAUACCUAGAUAGUAGCAGUUGCUGUCUGGGUCGUGAACUGGCAACAUGGACGACUGGUUAGUCCGCUUGCAAUCUCUACCUAAGGGAUACGGUAAACCUUCUCCAUUGGCGCUCUUAGCGGCAACCUGCAGCCGUAUAGGACAGCCAGGCUCUGUUCUACCGGAGCUCUCCGAAUAUCACGGUAAAUUGUACACCUCAAUGCUCCACGACCAAGUCAGCGUUCAACACGCGAUGAGCCUACAGAGUCAAUUUGCUACCUAUCAGGAGCGAAACAUGCCUCUAACUCCACCGGCAGAGUCCCCACACUAUGCAGCGCCUUACCCGGAGUUCUGUUUCUCCACGGCACCCAAGUCUCACAUGCCCCCAAGCCUACCCUUCACUCACGGCUCCUCCAUGCGCGCACCCAACUCUUCUUGUUUAUCCCUGCAUCGUCACCCCUGCACGAUGUCGGUCGCUAGGCCCACCUACUCGCAAUGCACAGAGAGCUGCAAGGCAGAAUGCAACCCCGAUAUGGCGCCACAACACUGGUGGAGUGUGGAACCGAAUAAAGUACCUCGCGUACCUAGCUCUCCUCCGCAUGGCACCUACAGCACACUGCACGGUCUACCCUCUCCACCCGGUGCGGGAGGAUACCACAGUGCCUUCUCGUCCCCCUACGCGACUACACAAGUGACGGGAACACGGCGGUGCAGACGGUGCCGAUGCCCGAACUGCCAGCUCGCUGCCACAACAGGCAAUACUAGCAAGAGAAAGCAGCAUGUCUGCCAUAUCCCCGGCUGCGGGAAGGUUUACGGCAAGACCUCGCAUUUGAAGGCGCAUUUACGGUGGCACACAGGGGAACGACCAUUCGUGUGCAAUUGGCUGUUCUGCGGGAAGAGUUUCACGCGAUCGGAUGAGCUACAGCGGCAUCUUCGCACUCAUACUGGAGAGAAACGAUUCCAGUGUGACGAGUGUGGAAAAAGAUUUAUGCGCAGUGAUCAUCUUAGGAAACACCAAAAGACUCACCAGAAUGUUGCGGUGAAACAGGACAAAACUACGUCGAACAUCCACGACAAAGAUGGGGGUUAUGGGAUGACUGUGAAAGUCAUCGAGGAUGAAAAUGUAGAUGAACUAAACAGUGUUAUAGCACUGACCCCUAAGAACGAUGAUCCCGACAUGUCCACGGAGAGUUUUAUUAACGUGGAACAAUAGUGCGGGACCUGCUGGACAUCUAAUAAACUCUAAAUCAAUCCCUGGCGGGACAAUGCAGUCACUAAUUCUACCAAACAGUAGAGUUAGCGAGUUAAUUUCUUAUCCAAAUUACCGCGAAUGUCGCCCAAAUUGCGAAAUAUUUGUCAGACCGUGAAAAUAUAUACGCUUUUAGAAAGCGAAGUAAAUAUGCUAUCUGGUCUGGAACGUGUGCGGCGCACACGCUAAACAUGGCACUGUAUAAACCUUACAAUAACAGUUGAGCUGUAAAUAACCUAUUUCAUGCAAGGACAAAUAUUGUGUAUAUACUGGAAUUGUUAAGAGGUAUAAUAAAAACAUUUUACACAUA